CCAUUUAUAGGGACAAGGCCGGUACAAUUGUCUCAAUGGAUUUGACCUCAGCAGCAUGCAAAACCACAACUAAUCGUCGGUCUGCAAACUAUCUGCCUACCGUUUGGGAUUAUGAUCGCAUUAAAGCAAUAAGAAGUGAGUAUCAGGGAGAGCAAUAUAUGAACAGAUCCAAGGUGCUAAAGCAACAACUCAAGGCACUUUUAGUAGAGAGAAUAAAUGAACCAGUUGCAUUGGGCGAGCUCAUAGACUCCAUCCAACGAUUGGGAGUGGCCUAUCACUUCGAGGAGGAGUUCGAAGUAGCUCUAGCCAACAUUUACACCAGUGGAAAUAUCCAGCAGUCAUGGCGUGAUGAUCUCUAUACAGUCUCACUCGCAUUUGGGCUACUUAGACAUCAUGGAUAUCAUAUGUCAUCAGACGUAUUUGGAGGAUUCAAAGAUGAAAAAGGGAGUUUCAAAGUAAGUGUGAUUGGAGACGUGAAGGGAUUGUUGAGCUUGUAUGAAGCUUCUCACCUGUGCUUACCUGGAGAAGAUGUAUUGGAUGAAGCAUGGGCUUUCACAAGUAGGAAUCUCAAGAAGGCUUUGAUGGAACAAUUAGAGCCAAGUCUUGCUCAAAAAGUACGACAUUCGUUAGAGAUUCCUUUGCACUGGAGAACGAUCAGGCAAGAGGCUAAACAGUACAUGGGAGUCUAUGAGCAAGCGGAUAACAUGGUCCCCAUUUUACUUGAAUUUGCUACAUUGGAAUUCAACUCAGUACAAUGCAUACACCAAGAAAAUCUUAAACAUAUGUCAAGGUGGUGGACUGAUUUGGGCUUCGCAACUAACCUACCUUUUGUUAGAGACCGGAUUGUUGAAACUUUAUGGUGUACGAUAGGGCUUAUCUUCGAGCCUGAAUUCAGCAUGACAAGGGAGGCCCUCACCAAAAUAGGUUGCCUAAUGGCAUCUAUUGAUGAUGUUUAUGACAUUUAUGGAUCACAAGAUGAAUUAGAACUCUUCCCCAUGGCGGUUCAAAGGUACGACAAUAUUUGGUUCUUCAUUCCUCCUUUAGAAACACUGGCAAUAAAACCCUCCCUGUUUUUUUUCAAGCUACCCUCUUCCUUAGUGAAGUGGAUGCGCCAUACAUACGAGGCCUUAUUCUUACAUUAUAUCUCAAGGAAAUUCAGGAGGGAUUUAAAAGCGAUGGAGAGCCUUCCAGAUUAUAUGAAAAUAUGUUAUUUGGCCAUAUACAAUACAAAUGAUGAGAUAUCUUACAACAUUAUGAAGGAAAAAGGAUGGGAUAUUAAAAACUACCUUAAGAAGAUGUGGGCAGAACUAUGUAAAGCAUUCUUGGUUGAGGCAAAGUGGUACAAGAUGGGUUACACACCAACCUUAGAUGAGUAUCUGAGUAAUGGAUGGAUAUCAGUAUCAGGGCCACUAAUCUUGGUCCAUGCAUAUUUCCUUGUUGCACAAAAUAUUACAGAAGAGGCAAUAAAUUGCAUAAGCAAUGACCAGAACCUCAUUCAGUGGCCAUCCAAUUAUCUUACAAAAUUUUCAUCAUAUGCUAUUGAGCACAUUUGGGAUGAGAUCCAAAGAGGAGAUGCAGCAACAUCUAUUCAAUGCUACAUGCAUGAAACUGGGGCAUCCGAGGAACUUGCCCGUAGUAAUAUCAAGGAGCUGAUCAGAGAUGUAUGGAAAAAGCUCAAUGGACAGUGUCUUACUACUUCCCUCUUUCCUAAACCAUAUACCAAUAUUGUAGUUAACCUUGCACGGGUGGCCUAUUGUAUGUACUUAUAUGGAGAUGGCUAUGGAAAUCCGAACUUUGAUACUAGGGAACUUGUUAAGGAGUUGCUCUUUCAAUCAAUGCCAACUACUAAAGGAUCUACUGCAGUAGUAGUCGGAUAGACACUUCGAAACAAAUAGGACCCCUGCUGCAUAUGCUUAAGAAGUUUGUACUUCAAUUUGUACAAAUAGUAGUAGACAAUAUCAAUUUAUCCCUUCUAAUUCUUGUUA